CAUUAAUCCGAAAGUAGACAUAUUCGUUUGUUAUAAUUCAUAUUAAAACGCAAUAUGGCUACAGCUCUGACACCUCAACAAGAGCUGGCUACAAAGGCUUUCUUAGAAACAGUAAACGUAUCUCGUGGACGUCGGAGGAUAGGGCCAGUUUCUUGGUCAACUGCCGUAAAAUUUCUGCUUGCAAGAAAAUUUGACGUGACACGUGCUGUAGCUUUAUACGAACAACAUGAAAUUACAAGACUACGUGAAGGCCUUAUAAAUUUUGACCCUACCGCUGAUCCACUAUGUGAUGAAUUAAAAACUGGAAAAUUUACAAUAUUGUCAAGUCGUGAUGCUAGUGGUGCCGCAAUUGCCUUAUUUACCGCAAAUUUACAUAUACCACAAAAAUGUAGUCAUCAAACAACAUUACAGGGUGUCGUAUAUCAACUAGAUGCUGCACUUAGUUCACCACAAACACAACGUAGUGGACUUGUUUUUAUAUAUGAUAUGUCAGAUUCGAAGUAUUCAAAUUUUGAUUAUGAUCUAUCACAGAAAAUUUUAACGUUACUAAAGGGUGCAUAUCCAGCAAAAUUAAAAAAAGUAUUAAUUGUAACAGCACCAUUGUGGUUUAAAGCACCAUUUAGAAUAUUACGAUUAUUUGUUCGUGAAAAAUUACGUGAACGAGUGUACACAGUGUCUAUCCCACAGUUAACACAACAUAUACCCAGAUCAUCAUUACCACCUCACCUCGGAGGUGAUCUCGCGGUGGACCACUCUGCUUGGUUAAAACAGUGUCAUGCUGAAGUGGACGAAGAGUACAUAUCAGCACCAUCUACUGAUACCGCUGCAUCACAAUUGGAAGUUAUGCCUUCAGUAUUAAUGAAUCCACAAAUACCACAGCAUAACGAAAAUUUAUCGCCACAAAAGAAUAAUAUAAUUGGUCAUGAUCGAGGUGACAUAAAUGUAGAUAUAUGGGGUGAAGAGGCUGGUAUAAAUCCACCAAGUAGUGCAUCUAGCGGAUUUUCUGAUGAUGAUUCAUUACAUGGUGAUGGUGCUGCCAUGACGAUAGAACAAAUAAUAGAUUAUGUGCGUGAACGUGGACGAAUCGGUUUAGUGCAAGACUAUGCAGAAAUACGUGCGCGUCCACCAGAUGGUAGUUUUAAUAUUGCGCGUUUAAGAAAUAAUUUACCAAAAAAUAGGUAUACAGACGUUUUGUGUUUUGAUCACAGUCGAGUGCUUUUAUCUCAAAUUGAUGGCGAUUCAUGUAGUGAUUAUAUUAAUGCUAAUUUUGUAGACGGAUAUAAACAAAAAAAUGCUUAUAUAUCAACCCAAGGACCAUUACCGAAAACUGCUGGAGAUUUUUGGAGAAUGGUUUGGGAACAACAUACACUAGUUGUAGUAAUGACAACAAGAGUAACAGAACGUGGUCGUGUAAAAUGUCAUCAAUAUUGGGAAACAGAUAUUGGUGGGCUCAUGACUCAUGGAUUCUUCAAUGUCCGUACUACAGCCAUUGAAACACUUCCAGAUUAUACUAUUAGUACCAUAGAACUCACAAAUCUCAAGACUGAUGAAGUACGUACAAUAUCACAUCUACAGUUUACGUCUUGGCCCGAUUAUGGAGUACCGCGAUCAGCAUUAGCAAUGUUGGAUUUCCUAGCCAAAGUACGGCAAGAACAAGCAGCAGCUGUAGCUGCUUUAAGUGAUACAUGGGCUGGUCAUCCUCGCGGUCCACCAAUCGUUGUACACUGUAGUGCUGGUAUUGGUCGCACAGGAACUUUUUGUACGUUAGACAUAUGCAUCUCUAGAUUGGAAGAUAUUGGUACAGCGGAUGUACGUGGAACAGUAGAAAAAAUACGUUCACAGCGAGCAUAUUCAAUACAAAUGCCAGAUCAAUAUGUAUUUUGCCAUCUUGCAUUAAUUGAAUAUGCAUUAUCCAAAGAACUGGUAUCUUCUGCGGAUUUAACAGGAUUUGAUAAUUCACCUGAAGAUGAUUCAGAUUAAUUAUUGUUGACUAUUAUAUUUAUUUAAAUUAUUUUUAAACUUAGGUCUAUAUUUAAAAAAAAAUUCAAAAAAAAUAAAUCAUGUAUGUUUGAAUUAUUGUUUCGUGUUAGACUA